GUCUCAGUGCAGUGAGACACAUCCGUAAGGGAUCAAUUUCAGCCCUAUGCAGCCCUUAUCUGUGGCUCGGUACAAGACUAGUUUUGUCAGCCUGGUGAAAAAGACACCGUUUUGAAUAAUGGAUGACUUGACGUUAUCGACGAGAUAGCUUAACAGUCAGUAAUUUCACACCAAGCCUAAAGUAUAAGAUUUAUUUCCGCCAACAUCUUCGAAGAUAAAAUGGAGAGAGACUCAACCGGUACUGCAGAAAAGAUCCAGCCGGCUUCGUCUUUGAGGAACAAUAUUAAUGAAGACACCUGCGCAGCUAAUUCCCUUAGCUCCCAGGUUGAGAUCUGUGGUACUACUGAUGUCGCAAAGGCCAGGUGGACUCUACUGAGACAGGUGCUGCGUCAGAAGCAGGUGGACACUCCAGAGGUCAAACAGGUGUCUGUUCGCAGGUUCGCAACGUUUGACCUUUUCAGCAGAAAGAGGCUUCUAACACAAGACCCUAGUGAUACCUCAGAUGACCAAUGGGUGGAGUACAGAAGUGUCUACUUUCCAGAGUACAGUGCCUUGCUCAGGGAUAACCUGGGACCUAUCCGAGUUAAUGAAGUGCUCAACAGUUUUGACAACACCGGUAAUGUCUGUGUGUGGCCGUCUGAAGAGGUGAUGGCUCAUUACUGUCUGCAGAAACGUCACAUGUUCAAGGGUGCAGUGUGCGAGUUAGGAGGAGGUAUGACUUGUCUUGCUGGGCUCAUGGUUGCCAUUUGUGCUGACGUGAAGGAAGUUCUGCUAUCAGAUGGGAACGAGAAGUCCAUUCAGAAUGUACGAGGGCUGGCUGAGAGAAACAGGCAAGCUGGAAAGUUUGGGUCAACACAGGUAUCUGCCAGGGUGGUGAGGUGGGACUGUGAGUCAGACAUUACGGCAGUAGAGGGUCACUUUGACAUUGUCAUGUGUGCAGACUGUUUGUUUCUCGACCAGUACAGAGCCAGCCUGGUUGAUGCUAUAAGGAGAUUACUGCAACCCAACGGCACCGCGUUGGUGUUUGCUCCACUGCGAGGUGAAACUCUGAGACUGUUUUGUCAACUUGCCCAGCAGGCCGGACUCUGCGCCUCUCAACACCAGCAGUAUGAUGCUCAGGUCUGGGAUGUUCACUUAAAGAUGCUGACAGAGGGAAAAGAUGCAUACGAUGAGAACAUCCACUAUCCUCUCCUCAUCACCUUGACCAAAGCACCUCAACCUGUCAGCCACACUCAAUAAACCAAAACAAGUGAGCCCUCAGCUCUACACAGCACCACUCCACAUGCUUUUGGAUAUUUGAGAUGGAAUAAUGCUACAGAGUCAUGUCAACACUGUGAACCAUGAGUGAUCUAAAUGAGGAGGAAGAAUUGCACUGAAAGAGAAGUAUUAGAAUACAGUAAGGUCAUCAAUAUCAAGUGUUCAGUCACAGAUAUUUGAGACAUUUUUCUAUUGGCCACAGAGGAUUUAUUAUCAGAUGAUGCAUGGCUUUGGACAGUAUUUAAGCGUGCAUGUUUUGUAGUUUGAAGUGUAGAAGAACAACCUAAUUUCCAAAGCAGUGGGGAUACGUUUACUGUGGCUGAAGAGGAAGAAAAGGAGAGGAGGAUAUAUUCCGACCUAUGUUUUUACCAAUCUUUUAUAUGCAAAAUAACUAGUGUCAGUCUCCAAAAUAGUCACUCAGUCAUUUAUACCUUUUAAUCAAUUGGCCUCAUCCCUUUAGUUAAUCAGCCAUCCAGGAAAGUGAACCACAUUGCCAAACAGUCAUCUCGUCAGCCAGCCAAGUAACCAGUCAAUUUUUAUUCAAUUACCUAAUAUGGUAGUUAAUAAGCCAGUAUUCCAGUCAUCAUUCCAGCCAACAAGCCAGUCAGUUGUUUAGUCAGUCAGUUACAUGGACAUUUCCUCCAUCAGUCCUAUUGUAGGUGUCAGUUGGCCCUAUUUAACCUGUCAGUAUUAACCUAUGCCACUGUGUUUCUGGCCCCAGCAUGGAGGCCAGCUCUAAUUCAUUAACUAUCACAGACUGUGGAGCGGCUCACAGUUUCCUUUGUGUUUCCUUUAUUUCUCUUUGUUCCCUUCUUCCCCCGCUUUAAUUUCUUCUAAUACCACUCAUUCAUCCCAGUCAGAGGUCAGUAUUAAGAACUUCUUUUGUGCAUUACUUACAACAGUACAUUAACAUAUUAAGGUCCGUACAGACUCGGGAGUAAUUGUUGCCGCCUAGGAGCUACAGCUUGCAAAUUACACAGCAACAUCACCACCACAGAUAAAAGUAGUCCAUACUACAUAGCGCUGUUAUUAAAGUUUACAAAGCUCUGUUGGUGUAAUCUGUUUGAACACUACAAUUCCACCAACAUUAACUCUAACUUUACUGGUAAUUUAUUAAAAAGUUUGCCACUGAUAAAAGUCCAAAACAAUUGUGUCUCACACAUAUCAAUAUGGGUCUGCUGUCACGACUCUGUCACUGACAGCAUUGGAUAUCAAACAUAUUUGGGCUCGCCAACUGAAUCCUACGUCACUUUACUCGCAAACAUUUAGCUCUUCAGAGCCACUUAGCAGACAACAAUCAGUUCCUGUGGCAGCUGCUAAACGCUCUUAGUCUGAACCCACCUUCAGGAAGUGUGUGUGUGUGUGUGUGUGUGUGUGUGUGUGUGUGUGUGUGUGUGUGUGUGUGUGUGUGUGUGUGUGUGUGUGUGUGUGUGUGUGUGUGUGUGUGUGUGUGUGUGUGUGUGUGUGUGUGUGAAGAGAGAGAGAGAGAGAGAAUACAUGCACAUGUUGCAAUGACUCCUACUACAUGCAGUUAUUGACUACUGACCCCAAUACUGUGGAAUAGAUACACGUGUAUGAUAUGCUAUACAGAGCAGGAUUUCUUUGCAUCUUUUGUCACCAUUUUCUUCUUAUUUUUUUUAUUAAAUGCAGACCUCUCAAUGGUCUUUUACCCCCUAUGUCCACUGGCUCUGUGUCCGCAGCAUCAAAAUUCAUGCUUGACGGGUUGAAGUGCUACCUUAUAUUUUGAAUGUAUGCAAUGCCUAUAUUUAUACUUAAUGGUGCGUUCAUUUGAUAUUGCUUUAGUUUUUACAUAUACUGUAUACAGCAAAACCUUGAAACAAUGUUGGAAAUCUGGCUGCUGAAGAACAGACUGCAUGAAACAGGAACACAACGCAGCCGCAUCCAGUGGAUGUCAGGGGUUAGAAUAUGAUUUCAAAUUGAUAAACUAUGUGCAACCAUAGUUCUUGAAAGUGGAACAAUCUCCUGAUACAGCAAAAACUUCCACACAUUUCAGACUAAUUGCUUCUCCAUUUUGUUGGCAUUUUACCUAUCCGCACAAUUAACUGUUUUACUCAGGUCUUUUUCCAUGCAUUCAGCUCUUGUGGUAUUAAAGAAACGCCAAGUGUCAGUGGGCCAAUUGAGUCUAAAGUUGUACCUAUCACUAGUAAAGUGUUUUCAUAUUUCACUGUGAUCCAUUGCUGUACACAACAGCCAAGAAGCUAUGCAGUAACUCCCAGUGGCUGCUGUUCACAUUCCUCAUGGUGAAAAAAUAAUCCGCCUUCAGAAAUGAGAGGUAUUCCCUGUGUGUAACUACUCAGAAAUGUAAAUUAAACUAGUUUCAUCAGUGGUCUGAAUGCUUUGAGGACAUAAAUUGCAUUGCAGAAACGUUCCCAUUGCAAAGGUUUAGAAGUGUGUUUAAUUACAUUUUUAUCUGUAAUGUAGUUUGCUGUAUACCUUUGAUAUUUGUGGGCUAACACAUAAAUACUAUCCCAACUGUGACUGUGUACAGUGACUUCAUCACUGCCUAGUGUAACAUCACCACCACUAACAGUGAUGUCACUUUGCAACACUUUGGCAUCGGGCACCACUGUUUACCACCAUUAACCAACGCUGCAUUGCUGCUUCUUGCAACAUCACUGCCUCUAUUAAAAGAAAUCCUCACCUGGUUCACCCACGAUCUGCUGUGAUGUCACGUUUUGACAUAGUCAUGUCACUUCUUGUGAUAUUAGUGCUGUGUGCUAGGACACUUCUCACUGUGACAUCAACAGACAGGAACCGCUGAUAGUCAGUGGUAUUCAGAGACGGUCAUGUGCUGCAGCUGAGAAUUACCUUGGGCAAACAUCAUACAGGAAUGCUUUAUUCCAACAGAUUUAUGUCACAGUAUUGUGGGAUGUCUCAGCUAGGCUAUUAUUUUGAUUAUCAAACAGAAUUCUUAGAAUAGUUGGUCAUUUGCAGGCCAUGUCCGCACUACUUUAUUAAUAAUUUCAGAUUGGAUCUACUACCUUCUAUCAACACCAAGCCUUUUUUUAUGCCACCAAAAACGGAAUUGCAAGAACAUUCUCCAAUUUGAAUAACAUUAUAGCUGCUUCUGUAGCAUAGGGACACCAGACACUUAUCACAAUUAUCAUUUGUUUUAUAUUGUUUGGGGGUUUGACAAAAAAACUAACUGAAUUUAUGAAUUAAAUAUUUUAUUGUAUACACUUUAGUGUGGACAUGGCCUGAUUGUGAGUUUCUACAUGCAGUAUAUUAAAUUUGCUCUGAUUCACUGUAAUUAAUGGGUAAUGAAUGUUGUACUUUGCGGACUAAGGGUGGGUGCUUUUUUGUGAAUGAAUAUCAAUAAAAACAUUUUCUUCAAGAAA